AUGCGUAUCCCUUUUUUGACAAAACGCGAACCGUUGGAACGGCGACGAGGAGGCGGAGGAGGCGGAAAGAGUGGAGGAGGAGGCGGUGCUAAGAGCGGCGGCACGUCGGGCUCGAGUAGCUCGUCCGGGGGAUCAACGAGUAAGUCCGGUUCAGGAUCAUCGUCCUCGUCCUCGGGCUCCUCCGGAAAAUCGUCCUCCUCUUCCUCCACUUCCAAAGCUUCAACGAAAAGCGUCUCCACUCCCAACUUGGCGGGAAAUAGGGGAUCCACCGCGACGGCGUACGGUGUCGGAGGGGUAGCCGCAUUCACAAUUCCUGCUGGUGCUCUGUUUGCAGGCCGGAAUGCAGGCGGCGCUUCACGGACACAGGUAUACGGCACGAACGUCUACGGCAGCGGCUAUCCCGGUGCAGCAGCUAGCCAACGUGGUGUUGCCGGCCUUGGCUUCCCAUUCUUGUACUGGCCCGUAAUAUUCGGCGGCGCUGGUAUUGGGACUGCGGCGUACUUACACGAUUCGCAUGAAUAUGGCGAACCGAACAACAGCUCCCGGCCUGGUGGGCCCAUGAUGCAGGCUGCCUUCAUCUCAAACACCACCGGUAGCACAUUCCAUGUGCUCGCUGACAAUGCAACCGUUGUAUCGCUCAUUUCCUCCGUGACGGAUAACUGCACGCAGUUCGAUCUUGCCUCCAAUUCGUCGACGUCACCUUCUUCGUACUCAGGCAACAGCAGCAGCGACCCUCAACCGGAAAGUGCAAUUCAGUACUAUCGCGCGAGCAGUGUAGCGCUCACUCUCGACGGAUACAACAACACCGGCGCCCUCAGCAACGAUAGCAAUGCUGCGAACACGCCUCUGCCAACGACGGGUCUGGAUACGGUGCUACUCUCCUGCCUAAACGAUACAAUUGGAGCCGCUGUCCCAUUAGUCUCAGGAUCCUCGUGCCCCGGAAUGGUGACACCCCAUAUGGGCGCUUUGGCGAUGCUCUGGGUCGGCAUCGCAUUGACCUUGAGGUUGCUUUGA